AUGGUUGCGGGAAGGCACAAUUUGGCUGACUCAAAGGCCAAAUCUGGUUUGGAUCGGUUAAGGGAAUUUGCGGCCAGUGCCCCUGAUUGGGCUAAUCUUCCAGGUGAUCUUUUAACAAGUGUUGCAGACAUGGUUCACUCGGUUCGAGAUCGUAUUCGUAUGACCGCAGUCUGCCGGUCAUGGCAAACUUCUCUAGUGGAUCAAAAACUCAACUUCCCUCCCUGCUUAUUGCUAACAAAAACGGGUGACAAAUGUUGCUUUUACGACAUUUCGGGAGAAGAAAUAUUGGUGGAGCUCGAUUUGCCUGAGAUACGAGGAAGGAGAUGUUGGGGUAGUCCUUUUGGUUGGCUGGUAACAUGGGGCCCUGACCUCGAAAUUCAAUUGUUUAAUCCUUUGUCGAAAGCCACACGUCCCCUUCCUUCGUUACGCCCGUUGAACCCCUACUUGUUGGAGAAACCAACAUUAUCUUCAAGCCCUGAUGAUUCGGACUUCGAUUGUAUAGUUCUUGCCAUUUAUUCGGAACAUUGCUCGUUAGCUUUCGCGAAGCCCGGCGAUCAAGCAUGGACACCGAUCGAGGAUAUCAAGGGAGUAGACGACGCCAUUUACUUCAAGGGUAGUAUCUACGCUUGUCAAAGUACCGGUGAGAUACUAUCGUACCAAGAUUUACGUGGGACUCUAUCGAAAGCCGUCGUAUUCCCACCACUAUCUCCGACUCCGGAAGAAAAAUCUAUUUGA